CUUUGGAUUCUGUAUGAUCGGUGGCCUAUCUGGAUCGGAAUCUGUCACAAAAGUCGUCUGCGUCGCCAUUGUUGACCCGGUUAUUUGAGAAGCUGUUAGGAUGCCUCAGUGGUGACAAGAAUGGUACUGAUGACACAAGGCAGACUUUUAUGUCUGUACUCCCUCCUCAUCUUUCUGGGACUUGCCUGGUUUAUCUCCACCUUUGAGUAUUUUUGUUCAAAUGAUGAAUUGCUUGAGUUGAGGGAGAGGCAGCUAGAUACAUACAAACAGCAAGUGACAGAGAAGAACAGGGAGAUAGAAAAUAUACAGAGUAAGCUACAGGAUAAUGAGGAGAAAGUACAGAGAUUGUCUCAUCUCAUAAACAUGAAAACCUGUAAGCCUGUGGCAGGGGACAACAGUGACCCAUCCCUGCCUACCCUGUAUCUCAUCACACCCACAUACACACGCCUGGAGCAGAAGGCAGACCUCACUCGGCUGUCACACACUCUUCUGCAUGUGAGAAACCUUCACUGGAUUGUUGUUGAAGAUUCCGAGGUGAAAACAAGUCUGGUUACAUCCUUUCUAGCGAACUGUGGAGUUCAGAACACACAUUUAAAUAGUUUGACACCUAAACAGGUCAAAUUGAAAUCUAGUGACCCACAGUGGCUAAAACCAAGAGGUGUAUUACAGAGAAAUGCUGGACUGACCUGGAUCAGAACAGCCCUAAAUCCAGCGAAGGACAAAGGAGUAGUGUACUUCGCUGAUGAUGAUAACACUUACAGUCUGGAGCUCUUUGAGGAGAUGCGUCAGACACAGAAGGUGUCAGUGUGGCCUGUAGGACUAGUAGGGGGCCUGCGAUAUGAGAGCCCUGUGGUACAGAGUGGAAGUGUGGUAGGCUGGCAUACCUUCUGGAAGCCUGAGAGAACAUUCGCCCUAGAUAUGGCAGGGUUUGCAGUGAAUCUGACCAUCAUAUUCAGUCAUUCCAAUGCAGUGUUUUCCAACAAUGUGCCAAGAGGUUACCUGGAGAACUCUUUAUUACUAGACUUAGCUGUGAAACUCAAGGACUUGGAACCGAGAGCAGAUGGUUGUACUAAGGUGCUUGUCUGGCAUACCCGAACAGAGAAGACGAAGACAAAAAAUGAAAAAAUAACACCUAGUGAUAUCAACAUAGAGGUUUGACAUUCAUGAAAACUGAUUCUGUUAUUUGUGGCAUUUUAUGAUAUUACAAUAUAUGUUACUUCUUACAUUAUGACAACUGAUGAUGUUAUUUGUAACAACUGGUGAUGUUAACCAUGACAACUGGUGAUGUCAUCUGUAUACAUGGCAACUGGUGAUGUCAUCUGUACACCUGGCAACUGGUGAUGUUGACAAUCCCAUGACAGUGAAUGUUGUUAUCUGUGAUAACGGGUGUUAUUAUACCUUCUGUUAAAAUCUCGUAAUCUGAUUGGUUGAGAUGUGAACAUUUUCAAUGUUACUUGCUCGUUUUACAAAGAUAAAGAAGACAGGGUGACAUUCCAAAAAUUGUUACAUGCGCCAAACAUAUGCGUGCAUGGUUCGUCCGAGUGCCAGGGUGUUAUCAAAUCACAUUCAUGGUUGGUUCAUUCGACAACUGUUGAGAUGAAGUCUUG